CUCCAGCCUCCCCACUCCGGAAAACCUCCAUCUUCAUCUUCAACACAAUCUUUACUCCUUAUUCUAGGUAAAUUCAAAUCCAUUUCAUCUAAUUUUGCACCUAGGGUUUAGAAUGUUAAAUUUUUGAAUUUUGGGAUUAUGAAUUGAUUGUGUAUGAAGUUGUUGUGAAAUGUGGAUAUGUAUGAAAUGUUGACAUUUGAUUUUAAAUUAAUUGUAAAAUGUUGUGUGUAUUUUGACAUUUGGGCAUUUGGGUAGAGUUGAAUGUACCUAAAUUUGGGUAUUCAAAGGUAGACAUUGAAUGUAGAUAUCAAAAUUUGGGUAGUUUGUUAUUGAAAUGUGAAUUGUUUGUGAAUUUGGAGUUAAUGAUAGAUUACAAUUUUGGAAGCAAUUUCUAUUAAAAAUGUGAAUGUGUAUAAAGUGUGUAUAUUGAUGCCUACUCAUGAAUGUUGGACAAUGAGUUGUUAUUAGAAUAUGGAUUUCUCAAGCUUCCCACUCGUGUGUCAUUGGGGAGGGAACUAUUAUGAGAAUGGUGGGCAAAUAUGCCAUGAAGGUGGCAGAACGAGCUUUGUCAUGGUUUCUCGUGGCGCUUGCAUGCUCGAGAUCCUUCAAAAAAUACAUGCAGCGACAAUGAUUCAUCCCGGCCGUUCAUUGCGGUUGAAAAUGAAAUUUCCCAUGAACGGGGGAAAGUACAUGCUUAUGCCGCUCAUUGAUGAGCUAGCUAUAACAAAUAUGUGGGGCAUAAUUCAGAUGGAGGAUAUGUCGUCGCUGGAGAUAUACAUUGAGGAAUGCUUUGACGCUAAUGCUACUCAAUCGACAUCAAAUGCUGGUGUAUCUAGGCAUGAUGUCAGUGCAGGGGUGAAUGCAGGGAAGUCGUCAAAGGUUCCUGUACUAGACAUGGUUAUACAGGAGGAUGGCAGGUAUUUGCACAACGGUGCGUCAUUUGUGGAUGGGCAGGGAAGUGAUGAUGAUGCAGACGAGAACAUCAAUGGUGACGACAUGACAGAAUCUGAUGAAGAUGAUGGUGAUACUGUGACACCAACUGCCCCGUCUAGUCACUUCACUAGAAUGUAUGAUCUCCCUGAAGGUUUUACUGAUGCGUGGAUGAGUGGAUCAGGUGAGAAAAGGUUUACCCCCGAUGGUGAGUUUGAGGUCGGUCAACAGUUUGACAACAAAUAACAAGUCAUCAAUAUGGUGAGCUUGUAUUCUAUCAAACGGAACCAAUUCUAUCGGGUGAUAGAGUCCGAUAAACACAAAUGGGUGGCACAAUGCAAAAGGAAGAAAGAAUGUCAAUGCCCCUGGAGAAUACGCGCCACAAAGAACAAAGGCAACCUUGACACCUUCACAAUUGUGCGUUAUUCUGGACCUCAUUCUGCUUCUUGUGUAGGCAACAUCGACACUACAGAUCACGUGGCCUUGACAUCAGAAUUCAUCUGUAAAGAUGUGGUUGACAUUAUUCGCACUGAUCCUUCUCUUAAAGUGCAUACUAUCAUCGAGAUGUUGAAGGAAAAAUAUGGGUAUACUGUAUCUUACCGGAGAACAUGGAUGGGGAAGCAAAAGGCCAUAGCACAAAUAUUUGGCAGUUGGGAAAAGUCAUAUUUCGAGUUGCCCCGUUUCAUGACAGCGCUCCAACAUUCUAAUCCAGGAACUGUUGUUCAGUGGUACCCACCCCCCAAUGGUGCGACAGGUUAUAUGAUGUUUCAAAGAGUUUUUUGGGCAUUCAAGGCAUCAAUAUCUGGUUUUAAGCAUUGUCGACCCGUACUUACUAUUGAUGGCACACACAUGUAUGGAAAGUACAAGGGCACAUUGCUCGUGGCCAUGGGUUGUGAUGCGAACAACCAAAUUUUCCCAGUCGCCUUUGCAGUUGUUGAAUCGGAGAAUGGAGACAGUUGGCCAUGGUUUAUGGCAUGUAUUAGGCAUUUUGUGACUAACAGGGAGUUGUGUGUCAUUUCAGAUAGACAUGGAGGUAUUGUUAGGGCAAUGAAUGAGGUGGGAAGUAAUUGGGAGGAGUCUUAUGCGCAUCAUAGGCUAUGCAUCCGUCAUCUUGCUUCAAAUGUGCACACUCAUUUCAAAGACAUUCAUUUAAAAAAUCUAUUUGUGUGGACCGCACGACAACAUCAGAAAAAAAAAUUUGAUGGUGGGUUCAAGAAGAUAGGUGAAAUGAGUAGGGAUGCACGACAAUUUUUGGCCAACAUUCCUCCAGAAAUGUGGUCGCUGCAUUGGAUCGGAUGUCAGAGGACCAGGUAUGGUGUGUGUAGUAUAACAGUAACUAGAAUAGGUGUAGAAUAAAUACUAAUUUUGUAUGUUUACGAAACAGAUCACAUGGAUGCCGUAUAGACCUGAUAUGUUAGCAGAGUUGCCCCCAGCUGGCCGAGAGCAGACUCACAUAUGGCGAGCACGUGUGCCGCUGAUAUGUUUUGACAUUGUUGAGCUUCAUUUGCCUGAUAGAGUCAUGCGACAGUUUGGGUUUGAGCAGGUCAUUCCACGUCCUAUCGACACUUAUGUAGAGCUGCAUAGGCUGGAUAGGCGUGGGAAGCAUACAGAGGAUUGGGCACUCAGACAUGUCCGAUACGUGACUAUGUGGGAUAGGAGAGCGGAGCUAGCUGUGGCUGGGACACCCACAUAUGUGCCAUCAGUUUCAGGAGAUUACAUGGGAUGGUACUACAGCAUCACUCGGUUGUUUGUGUCUCCUUCGUUCAGACUCCCUACUCAUCAUUAUCAGCCUAGCUCAUUGGCAUUGCAUCUUACAACACGAGCUUUGCAGCGCAUACAUCAGCGGGCUACUGCCACUGUGACUGAUAUUCCUGAUGUGGACAUGUAUGGACAGACUCUGACAGGCAUUGCCUCAUUAUGCUCAGAUGUGUUGGGUCGAGUAGACUACGGACAUCUUAUACACAUGCCCGCAUCUCAGGAGAUGGCAUCCACGUCUAGUGCAGCUGCGGCUUCAUCAUCCCAGACGCAACAUGAGAGAGUGGUUCUUCAACCACGACAACGCCGUAGGCGUAGACAUGAGCAGCAACAUCUCCAUGACGAAGCUGAUGAUGGGAACUUGUAGUUUGUCUUUUGUAUUGUAGUUUUUCUUAUGCAGUAGAUGUUGUAGGAACAAUUUACAAGUUUUGAUGUAUUUUCUCUUGUUAAGUAUUCUAUGUUGUAUUGAUGUGUUCGAGUAUGAAUAUUAUAUGAUUAUUUGUUAUGGCAUAUAUGAUGAUUGAACUGUGUUAUA